AUGCACUCGGAGAACAUGAUGCCACCUCCCAAGACGAUCCGCUCGGCGCCCACUUCGAGCCUGUCUUCGCCCAACGUCUCUCCGCCUCACUCCUACUCCACGUUUGCGCUGCCUACGCACUCUACUCUCCACCACUAUGGGCGCGCCCCCCAGGCCAACCCCAACAUGGACAUUUCCAUCCUGGCCAAGGCUGCGAACCAGGUCGAGCGCGAGACCCUCGCAGCGCCUCCGCACUUCCGCCACCAUCCCUACAUGCACAGCGCCCGCGGCCACCCUUCACUGUCUGCGUACCACAUGUCAAGGUCUCACUCGAACGAAGAGCACGGCGACGACCACUACUCGACUGCCUACAGGCACGCGAAGCGAUCACGUCCCAACUCGCCCAACUCGACAGCCCCCUCGUCGCCAACCUUCUCUCACGACUCGCUCUCUCCUACGCCUGACCAUACGCCCAUUGCCACGCCCGCCCACUCACCUCGUCUCCGCCCCUCUGACAACGACGUCAAGCUGCCUCCCUUCCGCAACCUGUCCCUGCAACCGACUUUGCAGCCGGCCCUGGGCGUCCUUGAGCCCAGGCCUGAGGCGCCGUUCCACAGCCCGCCUCAGGCUCCCGCCGGCGGCGCGCCCACUCGCAGCAACGGUGUCUCUCUCAGCGACAUCAUCAGCAGGCCAGACGCCAGCCGCAAGCUGCCCGUGCCCAAGAUUGGUGUUCACGAGCUGCUGACGAGCAACGAGGGUUUCAACAGUGGCAGGAGCUCGACCACGGGCAGCCUUGCUGGCGGCGAUCUUAUGGAUCGGAUGUAAUUUCGGCACGACAAAGCACAUUCGAGACGACUUUUUUACGAACUGGGCAAGAAUGUCCCCAUACACCACGGAUAUAGACUUGGCGUCAUUGCACUUUUUCUCUACUCUCAUCGGAAGCGUCACGGGCCCACUGCUUCCUCUUAAUCCAUACGAACGAAUCCCCUCUCUCCUCUCAGCAGUGCCCAAUCGGCGAUUAACGCGAGAGUGUUUGGCUACGCCCGGCAGCGGUGCAAGACUCUUUGGCUACGCAUGGGCGCGAACUGCGGACUUGUUUUCUCUUCUCGCCCACCAGAGGGUGGGCUUGUUUGCAAGCGGGCUUAUGAACGGAUAUCACACACAACACAACAUAUAGAAGGCGGGUUAUGGGGCUCGACGGUAUACACGGCUCAACAAGGGGCCUCGGGGCAUGGCAGGCGACGGGUACAUGUUAUUUUUUUCCCUUUGGGUUCGACCCAGUGUCAGACGAGUUUUCGGAUUUCUAUCUCUUUUACGUUUAUUGGUUCUGGGCUUUGUACAAGGUCGCCGCCUGCAAUGGCUGGCUUGACAACCUUUUAGCGCCUCUCACGUAGACCUCUGUUUUGAGGGCCCUUUACUUUCCAAGAAUCUGAUGGUUCUCCUCUCAA